AUGUAUCAUCUCCCGGCACCCCUCCGUCCUGGAAUUGGCUUCCUCUGCCUCUUGCUCGCUGGGGCAGCCUGGGCUCCCCCACCCAAUCCAACGGACCCCAAGUUUGAAAACAAAGCGGCCCUGCUGACAGCCCGCGAGCCUGAUGAGUUUCUGUGCUUCACCGAGCGCUUGGAGGACUUGGUGUGUUUCUGGGAGGAAGCGGCCACCGCCGGAGUCGGCCCGGACAACUACAGCUUCUCUUACCAGCUCGAGGGUGAGCCGUGGAAGCCAUGCCGCCUGCAUCAGACGCCCACCGCCCGCGGCUUGGUGCGUUUCUGGUGCUCGUUGCCUACAGCCGACACGUCGAGCUUCGUGCCCCUAGAGCUGCACGUCACUGCGGCCUCCUCGGGCGCUUCACGCUACCGCCGUACCAUUCACGUCAACGAAGUGGUGCUCCUAGACCCUCCCGCCAGGCUUGUGGCUCGGCGGGCCGACGAGGGCGGCCACGUGGUACUGCGCUGGCUCCCGCCGCCUGGGGCACCCAUGGCGAGCCUUAUCCGCUAUGAGGUGAACAUCUCGGCAGAGAACGCCGCAGGGGGCGCACAGAGGGUGGAGAUCCUCGACGGCCGCACCGAGUGCCUGCUGAGCAACCUGCGGGGCGGAACGCGCUACAUCUUCAGGGUACGCGCGCGUAUGGCCGAGCCCAGCUUCGGUGGCUUCUGGAGCGCCUGGUCCGAGCCUGCGUCACUGCUGACGGCUAGUGACUUGGACCCCCUCAUCCUGACGCUCUCCCUCGUCCUCGUGCUCAUUCUACUGCUGCUGGCCGUGCUAGCCCUGCUCUCCCACCGCCGGACCCUGAAGCAGAAGAUCUGGCCUGGCAUCCCAAGCCCUGAGAGCGAGUUUGAAGGCCUCUUCACCACCCACAAGGGUAACUUCCAGCUGUGGCUGUACCAGACUGACGGCUGUCUGUGGUGGAGCCCCAGCACCCCCUUCCCAGAGGACCCACCUGCCCCCUUGGAAGUCCUCUCUGAGUGCUGCUGGGGGGUGACACAGGCAGUGGAACCUGGGGCAGAUGACGGGGGGUCCCUCCUGGAGCCGGUGGGCAGCGAGCAUGCCCAAGACAGCUACCUGGUGCUGGACAAGUGGUUGCUGCCCCGGAGUCCGCCGAGUGAGGACCUCCUGCAGCCUUGUGGCGAUAUGGACAUAGUGACCACGGAUGAAGCCUCAGAAGCGUCCUCCUGCACAUCCACUUUGGCCCUGAAGCCUGGGCCAGAGGGGGCCUCUGCUGCCAGCUUUGAGUACACCAUUCUUGACCCCAGCUCCCAGCUCUUGCGCCCAAGGGCACUGCCCCCUGAGCUGCUCCCCACCCCACCCCACCUAAAGUACCUGUACCUCGUGGUGUCUGACUCUGGCAUCUCAACUGGCUACAGCUCAGGGGGUUCCCAGGAAGCCCAGGGGGGUUCAUCCAAUGGUCCCUACUCCAACCCUUAUGAGAACAGCCUCAUCCCAGCUCCCAAGCCUUCACCCCCGAGCUACGUGGCCUGCUCCUAG